AAAAGGCAUAUCAUUUGGCCUGACGCUACAACUGAGGCACUGAUACGCCUUUGGGAAGAUAAUCUGGGCGCUCUGCGCUCAAGUAGUCGGAAUGCGCGCGUCUACGCAGAGAUGACGGCUACGCUCAACGCCAGUAUUCCCGCCGGCGAAGGACCAUAUUCAACGAAGCAAGUGCGCCUGAAGCUGGAUAACAUGAACAAACGUUAUCGAAAGCUCAGGCGCACCGCAACCACAACCGGCUCGAAAGCCAUCACCUGGCCGUUGUACCGGCGUCUGCACGGCUUCCUCGGAGCACUACCGGUCAACGACGACUUGCUCAUGGAGGAAAACAUUGAGGUGCAGCAAGUGAAUGAACUGCCAAACUCUGCAGAGGUCAUUGCAUCAUGGGACGACGGCGAUAUUCCUACUGAGGAGAGCAGUGUUUGUCAACUAAGCAUUACUCCGGAGCCUCCCACUGACAGCCAAACUCCAGAGCCUUCUAGAGACAGCCCACAGCCUGAGGUAGCGAAUGACCUGGGUGCCAGAGCAGGCAGCCGUUCUGCCAACAGCCAGGCUAAAGGAAGGAAGAGGCCUGCGUCAACAAACUUCGAAGAACUCAUAAGCUUACACAAGCAAGCAGAACAACGAGCAGCGAAAGCUUCUAAAAAAAUUUACAAGCUUCACAAGACGUUCAUCAAGUUGCAAGCAGAAUCUAAUGACAUGCAGGCAAGCAUGAUUAGAAUGCUGGAGAAGUAUCUUGUACCAAAUGAUCAAUAAAAGGUGA